CGCUGAGGAGGGAGCGGGGCCCGAGCCGAAGCUGGAGCCGGAGCCGGCAGCGCAGGCGCGGCGGGACCAGAGUCCUACAGAUUACACAUCAUAGAGCCCAUGAGGAGGAAUGAUGAUGUCUCCAUGAGGGAAACUCCUCUCACUCAUACAGUCAUGUGUAUCAUGUUGCUGGCUGUGCCAUUCAUCUAAGGUGGGAUUUACCCUGUGCAACAGGGAGAAGAAUCAUGGACCCUCAACAUCGUUUCAAGUUAUAAUUCACUUUUCAAAAUACAGACUUAGAAAACAGAGCUUCCUAGCUUUGGAUACUGUGCUCUCUUAAAGCUGCUGCAUUGCUCUCUUAGAGGUGUUACUGUGUGCUAUCAUCAUGGCUUCAGUUUGGAAGAGACUGCAGCGUGUUGGAAAACAUGCCUCAAAGUUCCAGUUUGUGGCCUCCUACCAGGAACUUAUGGUUGAGUGCACUAAGAAGUGGCAGCCAGAUAAACUGGUAGUUGUUUGGACAAGAAGAAGCCGAAGGAAAUCUUCUAAGGCUCAUAGUUGGCAACCUGGAAUAAAAAAUCCUUACCGUGGUGUGGUUGUGUGGCCUGUUCCUGAAAACAUUGAAAUCACUGUGACUCUAUUUAAGGAUCCACAUGCUGAGGAGUUUGAAGAUAAAGAAUGGACGUUUGUCAUAGAAAAUGAAUCUCCAUCAGGACGUAGAAAAGCACUUGCUACUAGCAGCAUCAAUAUGAAACAGUAUGCAAGUCCUAUGCCUACACAGACAGAUGUCAAGUUAAAAUUCAAGCCAUUGUCUAAAAAAGUUGUAUCUGCCACUCUUCAGUUCUCGUUAUCUUGCAUUUUUCUCCGUGAAGGAAAAGCCACGGAUGAAGACAUGCAAAGUUUGGCCAGUUUGAUGAGUAUGAAGCAGGCUGACAUUGGCAAUUUAGAUGACUUUGAAGAGGACAAUGAAGAUGAUGAAGAAAACAGAGUGAACCAAGAGGAAAAGGCUGCAAAAAUUACAGAACUUAUCAGCAAGCUUAACUUUUUGGAUGAAGGAGAACAAGAUUUUACCACUUUGAGUUCAAAUCCAUUUGGUGAUCCUGAUGUAGCUGAAUUAAACCCAUUUGGAGAUCCUGAUUCAGAAGAACCAGCUGCUGAAACAAUUUCAUCUAAAAAAUCAGAAGAAUCUUUUUAUAAUGAUAGUUACAAUCCUUUUAAAGAAGUACAGGCUCCACAGUACUUGAAUCCGUUUGAUGAGCCAGAUCCUGAACCUGAAACAUUUGUAACUAUAAAAGAUUCUCCUCCCCAACCUACAAAAAGGAAAAAUUUAAGGCCUGUGGAUAUGAGCAAAUACCUUUAUGCUGAUAUUUCCAAAACUGAAGAAGAAGAGUUGGAUGAAUCAAAUCCUUUUUAUGAACCCAAACUAACUCCUACUCCAAAUAAUUGGGUGAGUCCAGCUCCAGAACCAGAAACUGAAAAGAAAAUGAAAAGAAAGGCCCCUGAGCCACCAGGACGCUUCCCAAAAACAGAAGGAAGGAUCAGUGAGAAUACUGGUGUUUCUGUAGGAACAGAUCUCUCAUCUUCUCCUAAGCCAAGCCCUAUACCAAGCCCUGUUUUGGGGAGAAAGCCAAAUGCUAGUCAGUCACUGCUUGUAUGGUGCAAAGAAGUUACAAAAAACUAUAGGGGAGUGAAAAUCACCAAUUUUACUACAUCUUGGAGAAAUGGCUUAUCUUUUUGUGCAAUAUUACACCACUUUAGACCAGAUCUGAUUGACUACAAGUCCUUGAAUCCUCAAGAUAUUAAAGAGAACAACAAAAAGGCGUACGAUGGAUUUGCAAGCAUAGGAAUUUCUCGGUUAUUGGAACCUUCUGAUAUGGUUUUGUUAGCAAUUCCUGACAAACUGACUGUUAUGACUUAUCUUUAUCAAAUAAGGGCCCAUUUCAGUGGUCAAGAAUUAAAUGUUGUUCAAAUAGAGGAGAAUAGCAGUAAAAGCACAUAUAAAGUGGGAAACUAUGAAACUGAUACAAACAGUUCUAUUGAUCAGGAAAAGUUCUAUGCAGAACUUAAUGAGUUGAACCGGGACCCUGAAUUCCAGCAACCUAGCAGCGGAGCAGUAGACUUCACAUCUCAGGAUGAUUCUGUAUUUGUAAUUGAUAGUGGUGUUGGAGAGUCAGAGAGUGAGCAUCAGACCCCUGAUGAUCAUUUAAGUCCAAGCACAGCUUCCCCUUACUGUCGAAGGACUAAAAGUGACACAGAGCCACAAAAAUACCAACAAAGCUCGGGAAGGACUUCAGGAUAUGAGGAGGCUGGAAUAUAUACCCAUACGGAUUCUGCACAAGCACAGAUUUUGUUGAGCAAGAAGAAAUUGCUAAAAGUUGACACUUUAGAAUUGAGUGACUUAACAUAUAUCAGUGAUAAAAAAAAAGAUGCAUCUCCACCCUUUGCUCGUGAGGAACUUGACAGGCAAAGGCACCGUUCUCUAGAAGUUACUGAUAGUAAUCUGGAAGAAGAAAAAUUGAUAUCUUCUGGCUCCUCAGAGAACAAGAGACCGGAACCUGAGUCUCCUGUAAAAAAAUCAAGUUUAUCUCCCACUUCUAAACUUGGAUACUCUUACAAUAGGGAUGUAGACCUCACAAAGAAAAAACGUGCUACUCUGAGACACACAGAGUCUGAUUCUGAUACAGAUAAAACAGUUUUAAAUCAUUCAGACCAUUCUGCAAAAACAGCUCAGCAGCGAAUAUUAUCAAGACAGGAAGAACUUAAGGAAAGAGCAAGAGUUCUGCUGGAACAGGCAAGAAGAGAUGCUGCUUUAAAGGCUGGGAAUAAGCAGAUCACCAGUGCAUCCACCCCAGCGCGCAGUAAGCAGCUGAGCGAUCAGCAAGAUGAAGAGCGACGUCGGCAGCUGAGAGAGCGAGCUCGUCAGCUAAUAGCAGAAGCUCGAUCUGGAGUGAAGAUGUCAGAACUUCCCAGCUACAGUGAAAUAGCUGCAGAAAAGUUGAAAGAAAGGUCAAAGGCAUCUGGAGCUCUAGGUCUUGCAAAGUCUCCUGUCUUAGUUGCUUCUGAACUUUCCUUUAUAUAUGAGGAUGAUAAUAUUGAGAUAGAUACUAACGAGGACACUCCUGAAGGCUUUGUUUUAGGAGGUGGUGAUGAACUUACUAACUUAGAAAAUGACCUUGAUUCUCCUGCAGAACAAAACAGUAAAUUGGUGAUGGAUUUGAAAAUGAAGAAGCUCCUAGAAGCUCAGCCACAGGUGGCAAAUUCCCUCUGCAGCGCUGCUCAGAAAGCUGUGACUGACGACUCAGAGCAAGAUGUGAAGAAUGGGACAGAAGAUCACCGAGCUGAGCAAUUACAAAAAGCAACAGAACGUUUUAGAAAUCCUGUUGUGUUCAAUAAGGAUUCUACAGUCAGAAAAACUCAACUUCAGUCAUUCAGUCAGUAUGUGGAGAACAGACCAGAGAUGAAAAGGCAGAGAUCAAUACAGGAAGAUACAAAGAGAGGAAAUGAGGAGAAGACGGCAAUAACUGAAACUCAGAGGAAGCCAUCAGAAGAUGAAGUACUUAAUAAAGGGUUCAAAGACACCAGUCAGUAUGUUGUAGGAGAGUUGGCAGCACUGGAGAAUGAGCAAAAGCAAAUUGACACCCGUGCCGCGCUGGUGGAGAAGCGCCUCCGCUAUCUCAUGGACACAGGAAGGAACACAGAAGAAGAAGAAGCUAUGAUGCAAGAAUGGUUUAUGUUAGUUAAUAAGAAAAAUGCAUUAAUAAGAAGAAUGAACCAACUCUCUCUUCUGGAAAAAGAACAUGACCUGGAAAGACGCUACGAGCUGUUGAACCGGGAGUUGCGGGCGAUGCUUGCAAUUGAAGACUGGCAAAAGACUGAAGCCCAGAAAAGGCGAGAACAACUCUUACUGGAUGAGCUCGUCAUCCUGGUGAACAAACGGGAUGCGCUGGUCAGGGACCUGGACGCUCAAGAGAAGCAGGCCGAGGAAGAAGAUGAACAUUUGGAGCGAACCUUGGAGCAAAACAAAGGCAAGAUGGCCAAGAAAGAAGAAAAAUGUGUUCUUCAGUAACUGGGCUCUGAGACACUGAGAACCCUUCCCCGACUGUCAUGUCAGUGGGGCCCAGACUAGAAGAUGGAAACUUAUUCUUGAUUUAAAACUUUAACAUUUUGUUUGGCCCAACUCUACUUCAUCCCACUCCCCCUUUCCCCUCCUUCCUUGAAGAAAAUCCCAAUACUUCAAAAUAGCCUUGUAUCAGGAUUUACUUGUGAGCUUGUCAUUCUUUUGAAAUUAUGUGAAAUAGAUUUGCACAGAAACCUUGUAGGUGAUGAUUGGUAUUGGAGAUGUUUAAGAAGCUGUUCAAGGAAGAAGAAUCUGCCUCUUUAAUCUUUUGUUGGGAAGAAAAAUUGAAAACAAAUCUA